UCUUCAAAGAAAGUUCAAGCGACUGAAGCAUACAUACAUUUAAAGUGUUUUCUUCUCCCUCCUUUCUUCUCUUUUCACCCCAGUGUUCCCCGAGCCCCUGUAACUCUCCCUCUCUUUCCUCAUAAUGCCCCCAUUUCCCACACAGUUUGACUUUUGACACAUUACCUCCACUGGAGCAUUACUCACCCAACCUCCACAGCACCCCCCAUCUCUGUCCCACCCUCCUUAACUUCCCUCCUUCUUCCCUUGUGCAGAGUUUAUAAGUCAGUACCCACAACUGUUGGCUCAGUGUGAAGAGCUGUACAUAUAGAGAAGGAGACACAGCUGGAAAACAGGGUGACAAACACAUCUGAUAUAGAUACUCUCUUUAGAGCUUCAUCAUGCGUGCGUUUAGGGUCUGGCGUGUGCUGUGGUUGCUUGGCUUCAUGAGUGCAUCCUUGUGUAUGAAUGAGGUUGAGGAUGAAGGGAACUACGCAGAUAACUAUGACAAUGAGAUCUCUCAGGACCAGCAGGAGGGUGGAACUGAGACCACACCAUGCCAGGCUGCAGAGUUCACUCGCUGGGACAAGCUUUUCAUCGCUCUGGAGGACUCCCACAUGAGACAAAACAUGCUGCUGGAGUCUCUGGAGCAGUGCUGUGGAGGAAUGGUCUCUCUCAGGACCCAGGUGGACAAGCUGGCAAAGGGGACAUGCCAACAGUGUUUACCUAGCCUAGAGUCAGCAUGCAGGGCUCAAGCAGAGCAGGCAAGUGUCAGGCUGCAAAAAGGCUUAGCGGAGCUCCGGGAGGAGGAAGCAGAGAGGGCAACGAGGUUAAGCGCACACUUGCACCAGCUCCUGCGCAGUAGCAGUGAGGGGAAUAUCCGGCUGAGGCGGCUGGAGGAAGGUGGAGGCCAGAGAGCGGUGCCCACGAUGGGCAGCCAAGCAACAGCGAGACCUGGAGGUAUAGGGGCAGGAUUUGGCCUGGGGAUGAAACCAGUUACAUCUGGCCUGAAGGAGCAGGAGGUGACUUCACCAGUGGACUUGGCCACAAUGAAAGAGGCCCUGGUUGCCAUAGCAACAGAGCUGCAGAAGGUUCACCUGCAGCUGAGCAGAGUGAUAGAGGAGGCAGGGACACUGAGGAAGGGCAGAGGGGACACAUGAUUGCCCAUGGGGGAAAAAUAAUAGAUUGACUGGGGACACUCCAGUGAUAAUGAUU